UUUGACCCGCGACUGGAAGAUUCACCGGGGGCAUAUCUAGACGAUUCGAAAGUAGCGAACGACAAGCUCGCGCCGCAUGCUGCUGAUCCUGUCAUCGCGGCCAGGCUGUGGGAUGUCACGGAGGAGCUCGUCGGCUUCAAGUUUACCUUCUGAAACCCAUCGAAACUCUGUCUUGACAUGUGUAAAUAGCAGUGGUCUAGGUUUCACCUUGUAAGUUGCAGCAAAUGUAUUAGCGCAUAUGGGUAGGCACUGGAUGACGAUCCUUACCUGUACUGGUAAGAUUUUCAUAUCCUUUGUCAAUAUAAAACUGGUAUGAUCCAAUACAGCUUCUUGUGCACAUAGUCGGAUUUCUGGAAGGCCACAGCUCACUGUUAUAAGUAUGUGGAUUGUACUGGAACAGUGAUGGAAAGUGAGGCCUCGAGGAAUCAGCCAGGACUCAGCAGUCAUGAUUAUUCGCAUGAUGCGAUCAAUGACACUUCGCAUUUGCGUAGUCGACUCCUGUUUCCUCUUUCCAGUCAUAUUCGGCGCCCCCCGUCCACUAUAACAGAGCAUAUAAGUAACAACUAGGGAAGAGGAUGUCUUUAUGUGGGCAUCCGCCUCGCCCUGCGGACUCUUGCGAGAAUCAAUAAAACCGCCUUGACGUCGAAUGUGGCAGUAGCGUCGCUCCUUGUCUUUUUGUGUUUUGUGGCUGCCACUGAAUCAGCGCGGCAUCCUCGGUCGCCUUCGGCCUCGUUGAGUCUACUCGAUGACUCACAGCAGCAUGAUCCGACCCUCGAGAACUGGAGCACAAGGGCAUAUCAGCUGGGCCGGUCUUCGAAGAAGCCUGUGGACUUGGUGAGAAUGCCUUGGUUGGCCCAAGACUGGGUGCGUUGAACUGAUCACUACUUGGUUCACGCAAGGAAUGAAUAUAUGCGUCAUUUCGGCUCUCAGCCUUCCUCGCGUUUGGACUAGCGGAGAGCUUCUCGACCGCUCCCCAGGCUUUCAAGAGGCGGCCAUUAAGGUCCACUCACGCGUUCUUUCCGAAAAUCGUCAUCCUGGACACGUCACGAAUGCGGGAACCGGGGGAAUCCUCUUUAUCUUGGAUCCCGGUGUGGAGGUAGUGAUUGAUAUGGGUAAUCCGGGGGUUGAGGGGCGAGGACGGUGUUAUAAAUGGCGGUGCGAGAGGCCAGUCCUUCAACGAUGUAUCCCACCUUCGACUUCCACACGACUGCCGAGGACGUUGCGACGGCAUUCGCAGAACGGAUCUCAGGCAAAAACGUUAUCAUCACCGGGACGUCGCCCAAUGGCAUAGGGUUCGAGACUGCGCGCGCCGUCGCGAAAUAUGCCAAUCUGGUGAUCGUCACAGGAUACAACAAGGAGCGACUCCAGUUGACACAGGCUGCACUCCGUGAAGGAAGCCCUCGCGCUGAGAUCCGAACACUCGCCCUGGACCUCUCCUCGCUCAAGGACGUUCGCAGGGCGGCUGCCGAGGUCAA